CUUCCUCCUCCUCCUCCUCCACCCCCCCCUUCCUCCUCCGCCCGCCCGCGGGGCCCCCCUCGCCUUCCCGCCCGCCCCUAUUGUUCCGCCCCCGGCCUCCCGCCCUUCCCCUUCCCGCCCGCUCCCCUUUUCCCCUCAGUCGCCUCGCGCCUGCAGUUUUUGGCUUUCACCCCCACCAGUGACCAAAGACUUGACCACUCAAAGUCCAGCUCCUCAGAACACUGCUCGACAUGGACACCGGUGUGAUUGAAGGUGGAUUAAAUGUCACUCUCACCAUCCGGCUACUUAUGCAUGGAAAGGAAGUUGGCAGUAUCAUCGGAAAGAAAGGAGAAUCAGUUAAGAAGAUGCGCGAGGAGAGUGGUGCACGUAUAAACAUCUCAGAAGGGAAUUGUCCUGAAAGGAUUAUCACUUUGGCUGGACCCACUAAUGCCAUCUUCAAAGCCUUUGCUAUGAUCAUUGACAAACUGGAAGAGGACAUCAGCAGCUCUAUGACCAAUAGCACAGCUGCCAGUAGACCCCCAGUCACCCUGAGGCUGGUGGUCCCUGCUAGUCAGUGUGGCUCUCUCAUUGGGAAAGGUGGUUGCAAGAUCAAGGAAAUACGAGAGAGUACAGGGGCUCAGGUCCAAGUGGCAGGGGAUAUGCUCCCCAACUCAACUGAGCGGGCCAUCACUAUUGCUGGCAUUCCGCAAUCCAUCAUUGAGUGUGUGAAACAGAUCUGCGUGGUUAUGUUGGAGACUCUCUCCCAGUCCCCCCCGAAGGGCGUGACCAUCCCGUACCGGCCCAAGCCGUCCAGUUCUCCGGUCAUCUUUGCAGGUGGUCAGGACAGGUACAGCACAGGCAGCGACAGUGCGAGCUUUCCCCACACCACCCCGUCCAUGUGCCUCAACCCUGACCUGGAGGGACCACCUCUAGAGGCCUAUACCAUUCAAGGACAGUAUGCCAUUCCACAGCCAGAUUUGACCAAGCUGCACCAGUUGGCAAUGCAACAGUCUCAUUUUCCCAUGACGCACGGCAACACCGGAUUCAGUGGCAUUGAAUCCAGCUCUCCAGAGGUGAAAGGCUAUUGGGCAGGUUUGGAUGCAUCUGCUCAGACUACUUCUCAUGAACUCACCAUUCCAAACGAUUUGAUUGGCUGCAUAAUCGGGCGUCAAGGCGCCAAAAUCAAUGAGAUCCGUCAGAUGUCUGGGGCGCAGAUCAAAAUUGCGAACCCAGUGGAAGGAUCUACUGAUAGGCAGGUUACCAUCACUGGAUCUGCUGCCAGCAUUAGCCUGGCUCAAUAUCUAAUCAAUGUCAGUUUAGAAAACGCUAAACCCUCCUCCCAGGCAGCCUCCGUCACGAUCCCCGAUCACCUCAGCAUCAACCUCUCUCAACCCUCCACCCCUUCUUCUUCUUCUUCCUCCUCCACCACCACCCCCUCGCUCGCCACAGCGGGGACCUCCGACGCACCCUCCAGCCUCCCCAACCCUCUUCCGACCGCCCCUUGUGUCUCCAGUCUGCUUGGCAUGAAACCCAUCCCUCUCCUGGCUCUAAAUGUUGUGUCUGCUGCUAAGGGUACCGGGGCUUCAGCUACCACCACCACCACCUCUGCUGUGCCAUGUGUAACUAACAAACUGAAAGGCGAGAAACAGAGAUUCUCUCCCUACUGAUGGCCUAUAUCUUGGGGCACCCCCUCAAGUAUUUCUUGUUUUUUUUUCCCUUUGUUAAUAUUGGUGAGAACCAAACAAUUGUGAGCUUGUGACCGUUUCCUUUUUACUGUUUUGGGGGGAUGACAGGGUGGGGGUAGGGGCAAUGGUAAACUGUGUUUAGGUUUAGGCCAUUUCUGCUGAGUGCCUGUUUCAGAGUCUGACUUGUUGAAUUCUUUAUCUAGAGCCGCAGUUCUUGCUCUUCUUUCUCAUUCUGUUACUUUUUUGUAGCUUUAUUCUGCCUUGCAAUAUAACAAUGUGUUAGGCUCUGUGUUAAUGAAUAAAAAUUUCUCCGUUAACUUUUUUUUUCUUUUAAUUAUUUCAUGGUUAAGUUAUCAGCUGUCCUUCUUGGCCAGAUUUGUGUUUCUAGUUGUAAUAAAGUUGCCACAGUAAGAACUUCAGUUGACUGCUGUGAAGGAAAGAAGUUUUUUCUUUACCCAGAAUGGGGAGGCAAGUUGGGAAAAGUCUAAUAAAGUUUGCCAGCUUCUGUCUGCA